AUGGCCGCCACCUCGGCCCGGAGAGUCUCCCCCGGGUGGUUUUCCCCUUCCCGACCCUCGGGAGGAGCCCCUGGGGCUGGGGGGCGGCUGGAGGAGCGAGGGCAUCUCCCCAGCCCCGAUGGGCAGGCGGGAGGGCAGGAGGGUUGGCAGGAGAGCGGGCAGGAGGACGAGCAAGCGGGCAGGCAGGAGGAUGACCAGGCAGGAGACAAGAAGUGUAAUUUGAUGAUUUUUGAUACUCGAAGGACAAGCACGCAUCCAAACUGCUACCUGUUCCACUGCCCCAGCGCCGAGGCUUGCCCGAUGAAACCUGCGGCAGGAUUUGUGAGCUACAAGAUAACUAGAGAUACCCAUGGCCCAGAGGAUACAUCCGUCAAAAGUGAGGACUUUUCUUCAAAUGGAUAUUCUGCAUCUUCAGAUGCUGGAGCCUUUAUUUCUCGCAGUCGGACUAGCCAUCAGAAUCGUACCGCUGCUUUGCAGCAGUCUGUCUUUCAUCAGGCAUCUGAACUCCCCAGCCACGUGGGCAAGCAUUUGGGCAACACUGAAUUUCAUACAGUUUUUCCUGAAUCUCAGCGGGCAACACAUCCUGAGAGCUUAGAUCCCGUCCCAAGGCAGCAAGUAAUUAACCUGCCACCAAAUACAUCUUCUGCUGUGCGAAUUGGAAACCCCUCUGCUUCAUUCCCCACUACUCAGUCCAGCGCUCCUGAACCCAGCAGUACUACUCUUACUGCUCUGCCUACAAGUACCACUCGAUUGGCAUCUCAUACAACGUCUCUGCAUCCCGGCGGUGCUAAACCUACUGCUGCCACCACCACCACCACCACCACAGCCACCUUUCCACCUGCUGCGACCGCUGAAGCUAAGCCUGGUAUCCCUGCCACCAGCAUCGCUGUUCCUCGUGUUCCUCUUUCCAGUCCCACCACUUCUGCUUCUACUUCUACAACCAAGCGGGUGACCGCGAGCUCCAGCUCUGCUACUGCCCCGUCGGGGCUGAGAACUCCAGCCAUCCCUCCUGAGCCAACAGUUGUCUCUUCCAACGAUACCAGCCAUGUAACUCUCCUCUCUUUUUCAGCUUCCGCCCUGCCUGCUAGUGAUUCCCCAGUGUCUUCUCAAAACGACCCUCAGGGUUAUGACCUGUCUGAUUCGGAAAGCUACCUGCCAGAGGGUGUUCUGAGAAGGAAGGGUGGUGUUCAGCUGGGAGAAAAAAGCAGCCUGGUAGCAGCUUUGCUUUUUGGGGUGAUAUUCUUGUUGCUAGUUAUUGCGCUGACAGGGAAGAAAAUACAUGAAUCCCUUCAGAAGAGGCAUUAUACCAGGCUGGAUUACUUGAUCAAUGGAAUGUAUGCUGAUGUAUGA